AUGAUUUUUCAGGUGCUUUGUACCAUUUGUUUUGGGGGCAGUGGAUAUGUGCUAUGGUAUAUCUUCCAAUGAUGGCUGACCGUGGAUGACAUGGAUAAAAAUAACCAGACGUUUGUUUCUGAAUUUCUUCUUUUGGGUCUUUCUGGAUACCCAAAGACUGAGAUCAUUUACUUUGUUAUUGUUCUAGUUAUGUAUCUAGUGAUUCUAACUGGCAAUGGUGUUCUGAUCAUAGCAAGCAUCUUUGAUUCACAUCUUCACACGCCCAUGUACUUCUUCCUGGGCAAUCUCUCUUUCCUGGAUAUUUGCUUCACAACAUCUUCUGUUCCUUCAUCUUUGAUGAGCCCAAUUACAAAGAAAAGAAACAUUUCUUUCUCUGGUUGUGCAGUGCAGAUAUUUUUUGGGUUUGCAAUGGGAACCACAGAAUGUUUGCUUCUUGGAAUGAUGGCUUUUGAUCGCUAUGUGGCCAUCUGCAACCCUCUGAGAUACUCCAUCAUCAUGAGAAAAGAAGUGUAUGUAUCUAUGGCAUCUGUUUCAUGGUUCUCUGGUACCAUCAAUUCAGUUGUGCAAACAUACCUCACCAUGCGGUUGCCUUUCUGCGGGAAUAAUGUUAUCAAUCAUUUUGCAUGUGAGGUCUUAGCUGUCCUCAAGCUAGCAUGUGCUGAUAUAUCUCUCAAUAUCAUUACCAUAGUCAUAUCAAAUAUGGCCUUCCUGGUUAUUCCGCUACUAGUCAUCUUUUUCUCUUACCUGUUCAUCCUCCACACAAUCUUGAGAAUGAAUUCAGCCACAGGGAGACGCAAGGCAUUCUCUACCUGCUCUGCCCACCUGACUGUGGUGGUCAUAUUUUAUGGAACUAUCUUCUUUAUGUACGCAAAACCGAAGUCUCAAGAUCUGACUGGGGAAGACAAGUUCCAAACUUCAGAUAAGAUCAUUUCUUUAUUUUAUGGAGUAGUUACCCCCAUGCUGAAUCCAAUCAUCUACAGCUUGAGAAAUAAAGAUGUUAAAGCUGCUAUAAAAUACAUCCUGAAGCAAAAGGUCAUUCCAUAA